GUUUCGCUUGCGAGGAGCCCGUCAGAUGUAUCUCUUCAGCUUCUUCAAUCCACUUCGUCUUUUUAGCUAGUGCGAUAGUGAUAUUUCGUGUUCAAAUUUCUGUCAAUGCUGCACCCCUGCCGGCUGUAUGGAUCCACAUUCAAACGCCAUCGAAGAGAACUUCGGUUUGGCUGAAAAUCCACAACAGUUCAUCGUCACGACAGAGGCAUCCCUUUCCGGUACGGAUGGCGAGGAAACUCAAAAUGCCCACGACGUGAUGAUGAAUGGAGAGAUUGGGCCGCUCAGGGAACAGGACAGGUUUCUUCCGAUCGCGAACGUCGUGAGAAUCAUGAAGACCGUCAUUCCCAAAAGCGGCAAAAUCGCCAAGGAUGCGAAGGAGUGCGUUCAAGAGUGUGUCUCUGAAUUCGUCAGCUUCAUCACUUCCGAGGCUUCAGAUAGAUGCCACCAGGAGAAGAGGAAAACAAUCAAUGGAGAGGAUAUCCUCUUCGCGAUGCAGAGCUUGGGCUUCGAUAAUUACCUCGAACCACUGAAAAUCUACCUGCAGAAGUAUAGGGAGACCGGUGUCAAGCCGGCUGACCAACAAGCGGCCUCGAACAAUUCGAACAACUCGUCCACGUCCGGCAGGUCGAUCGUUCCGAAAGAAGAAUUCAAUGCGGUUUCGGGUCAGACGAGCAGUUCCGUCGUAGCUGCUGACUCCGCCAUUGAAGAGCUCGGAGCCGACACUUUCAUUACGGCAAACAUGCUCGACCAAGACGCAUCGCAAAAUGUCAUCUAUUCGACUGGGUUUGGGGAAUUCUGAAAUCCUAGCUUGGGUCCCUGUACUUUGUGUCACAUGAGCGAAAAACGUCAUCACCCGAACAUUUGUAAACUAUUCAUUCCUGUAGAAUGAUCCGUUAAAAUAAAUUCAAGGAAAACUUUCAAGGUUA